AUGAUAGAUUUGGGUGAUAACCCAGAUCUCAGAGGUUGUCUGCAUUCCAUUGGGCAAAUGAAAUCACUAUAUGCAUUGGGUCUCUCAUCUUGCCAAUUCUCUGGAGAAAUUCCACCAUCCUUAUGGAACCUUACCCAACUUGUUUCUUUGGACCUCUCAUACAAUAAUUUUUCUGGUCAAAUCUCAUCAUCACUUUCCAAUCUUCAAAAUCUCAUUGCUCUUGAUUUUUCUUCAAAUAAUUUUAGUGGUCAAUUUCCAUAUUCAAUUUCAGAUCUUAGACAUCUUGAAGAUCUAGAUUUGUCAAACAAUGGCUUCCAUGGAAAAAUUCCUUCUUCACUUUUUACUCUACCAUCUUUAAGUUAUUUGAUUUUAUCUUCUAACCAAUUCACUGGUCAUAUUGGUGAAAUAUCUGCUUAUUCACUUGAACAGCUUGAUGUGUCUAACAACAAGUUGCAUGGCCCAAUUCCAAGGUCAAUUUUCCAUCUUCAAAACCUUGAACUCCUGAACUUUUCGCACAAUUGUUUUACAGAAAAUGUGUUGUGGCACCACUUCUCGUGGAAAUACAUGUGUUUUCUUGACUUAAGUUCCAAUUCCCUUCAAGGAGAGCUCCUUCUAUCUAUUUGCAAUGCUAGCAUGCUUGAGAUUCUUAACUUGUCCCACAAUAACUUCACCGGCACCAUUCCACACUGUCUUGUCAGCUCUAACCGUGUUCUUUCUGUGGUGGAUUUACAAAAUAAUAGUUUCUCUAGCAUUGUACCUGAAUCAUUUGACGUGUGGAACAAUUUAAGAACCCUAAAUCUAAAUGGCAACUUUCUAGAAGGGUCAUUGCCUCGAUCUUUGGUCAAUUGCACAAGGCUAAGAGUCUUGGAUCUUGGCAACAACAACAUAGAAGACGUAUUUCCCCAUUGGCUAGACACUCUUGAAGAACUGCAAGUACUUGUUCUUAGAGGGAAUAAAUUGCACAGUUUUAUCCCCAGUAGAAACCAUGCCUUCGCUAUGUUAAGAGUACUUGAUGUGUCCAGCAACAAUUUGAAAGGUCCUUUACUUGCAUCAUUCUUCAAAUCUUUCGAAGCUAUGAGAAGAUUAGAUGGAAAAACUGGCUUGCAAUACUUGAAUUAUAAUAACUCCGGUGAUGGCUUUUAUGAGGACUCCAUUGGGUUGACCUUGAAAGGAUCUGAAAUUCAACUACAAAAGAUAUUGACUGUUUUCACAAGCAUUGAUUUAUCCAAUAACAUGUGUGAGGGAGAAAUUCCUCAAAUUAUUGGAGAGUUCCAUGCCUUGAAGGGGCUCAAUUUCUCACAUAAUGGGCUCACCGGUGCAAUUCCUAUCUCAAUAGGAAAUUUGAGGUAUUUGGAAUGGUUGGAUUUGUCGUCAAACAACUUUACUGGGAGGAUUCCUACUGAGUUGACUAAUCUCAAUUUUCUUGCUGUAUUGAGCCUUUCAAAGAAUCAACUUGAAGGUUGCAUUCCUAGGGGCCAACAAUUUGAGACUUUCUCAAGUGAUUCUUUUAAAGGAAACAAAGACUUGCGUGGUUUUCAACUCAUGAUUCCAUGCAACGCCUAA